AUGGACUGGUUUCACUGCAACCAGUGUUUCCGAAAAGAUGGGGCUCAUUUCUUUGUUACCAGUUGCGGCCAUAUUUUCUGUAAAAAGUGUAUGACCCUGGAAAAAUGUACUGUUUGUGGAACUUCCUGCAAGCAUCUGGCUCUUUCUGAUAAUCUAAAACCUCAGGAGAAGAUGUUCUUCAAAAGUCCCGUGGAGACAGCUUCGCAGUAUUUUAAUCACAUCUCUCAGGUGUGGAGUUUCCAGAAGAAACAAACAGAUCUCCUCAUUGCCUUUUAUAAACAUAGAAUUACAAAGUUAGAAGCAGCCAUGCAGGAGGCACAGCAAACCCUCGUCAGCCAGAACAAAGAGUUGUCAGUCUUAAGGAAGGAGAAUGGAGAACUGAAGAAAUUUCUAGCCAUCCUAAAGCAAUCUCCAAGUUGGUACCAAGGAAGCAGGUCAACCACACCUCGACCAGUGGGCAUUACUUCCCCAUCACAGUCAGUCACCCCACGACCCAGUUCUCAGUGUAGCAGCCAAGUGGUCAGUCGAGCCUCCCCAGCAGAGUCUAUUCCUUACAGAAUGACUGGCUUUGGUAACUUGGGACAAGGAGGCAGAAGCUUGCAGGGAAGGAACACUCCCAGAGACUCUUACACUGAAACCCCUUCACCAGCUUCAACUCACAGCUUAUCUUAUAGUUCUUCAUCUGUCUCCCUUGGACAGGGAAUUUUUUCUUUCAGAACAUCCCUAAAUCCAGGCCACAUAAUCCUUUACUCCCAACAAUUCUGGUAA